UGCGCCCGCCCGCGCCGAUAAAACAGCGAGGAGCCGGGCGGGCGGGAGAAGCCAGCGCCGGGGCGGUGACGGUGACCACGGUGACGCCGGCCGGGACUCCGAGAGCGCGGCGAUGGUGAAGGAGACGCAGUUCUACGACGUCUUGGGCGUGAAGCCGAACGCGGCGCCCGACGAGAUCCGCAGGGCCUACCGGAGGCUGGCGCUGCGCUACCACCCCGACAAGAACCCGAGCGAGGGCGACCGGUUUAAACUCAUAUCCCAGGCUUAUGAAGUGCUUUCAGAUCCAAAGAAAAGGGAGAUUUACGACCAGGGCGGGGAACAGGCCAUUAAAGAAGGAGGUUCGGGCAGCCCUAGCUUCUCCUCACCCAUGGACAUCUUUGACAUGUUCUUUGGUGGUGGAGGACGGAUGGCAAGAGAGAGAAGAGCCAAGAAUGUCGUGCAUCAGUUGUCUGUAACUUUGGAAGACUUGCACAAUGGUGUCACCAAGAAACUGGCCCUCCAGAAAAAUGUAAUUUGUGAGAAAUGUGAAGGAGUUGGUGGGAAGAAGGACUCUGUGGAGAAAUGCCCACUGUGCAAGGGGCGAGGGAUGCAGGUCCACAUCCAGCAGAUCGGGCCGGGCAUGGUGCAGCAGAUCCAGACUGUGUGUGUGGAAUGCAAGGGCCAGGGAGAGCGCAUCAACCCCAAGGACCGGUGUGAAACCUGCAGUGGUGCCAAGGUGAUCCGGGAGAAGAAGAUUAUCGAGGUACCUGUGGAGAAAGGUAUGAAAGAUGGGCAAAAGAUACUAUUUCAUGGCGAAGGAGACCAGGAGCCUGAGCUGGAGCCUGGCGAUGUCAUAAUUGUCCUUGAUCAGAAGGAUCAUAGUGUCUUUCAGAGACGAGGCCACGACUUGAUCAUGAAAAUGAAAAUUCAGCUUUCUGAAGCUCUUUGUGGCUUCAAGAAGACAAUAAAAACACUGGAUGAUCGAGUCCUUUUUAUCACAUCCAGACCAGGUGAGGUGAUAAAGCACGGGGAACUUCGAUGUGUGCGCAACGAGGGGAUGCCUAUCUACAAGUCCCCCCUGGAGAAGGGGAUGCUGGUCAUACAGUUCCUAGUGACCUUCCCUGAGCAGCACUGGCUGUCCCUGGAGAAGUUGCCACAGCUGGAAGCCCUGUUACCCCCGAGGCAGAAGGUGCGGGUCACAGAGGACAUGGAGCAGGCGGAGCUGCAGGAGUUCAGUGCUGGCGAGCAGAGCUGGCGCCCGCAGCGGGAAGCCUAUGAGGAGGAUGAGGAUGGGCCGCGAGCCGGCGUGCAGUGCCAGGCAGCGUGAUGCAGGGGCGGUGUAACGUUGGCACAAUGAAACGGCGUCCUGUAAUGGCUGUCUGGGGUGUCUUGUGUGUGUUCAGCAUUCUCCACAGCGGAGUGUCUUUGGGUUUCUUUUGCUUUUGUUUUGGUUCUGAUUUAAGUUAAGCUUGGUUCGCAUUUAAAUGUUUUACGUGUUAAUCACCUCAGUCUGCCCAUGGAAUCUGUUUGUCCUCAUCUUCAGGACAGUCCCGGGGAUGCUGGUGACCACGCUGACACUUUGCACUUCAGGUGGCUUUGCUGUUAUUCAGUUCCUGGUAGCACUCAGCCCAGAGCUGCACCCACCCCCUUGCAGGCCGGGAGGCACAGUGGGUAUCUCAGCUGUGUGUGCAGGUGGCUUCUCACCCUGUGCUCUGGCAGUCACCGAAGGCCUGUAUGCAGAGCUGCUGACAGGACAUUUCUGAGUCCAGGUUCAGAUGAGCAUCUUCACAAACAUAGGCAUACACACAGGGCUUUGAGGGCCUGGUCCACGCCCAGCAGGCUGCGUACCCUGGAUGCAGGGUCAGCCUAGUCCCUUCGUUCAGUGUCCCCAGAAGGUUGGUGUGGGGCACAAGAGUCUGCUCAUCUCUCCUGGAGAUUCUCUGAACUUCCCAACCCCAUGGGGGGACAGACCACUGUCUUAAGUGAUGUCAGACCCACCAUUUGCCUGUGACCCAGCCCCUGUUCUCUGGUUUUCAUGAUCCUCUGUUGGAACCCCUGCAACCCUGUCCCACCCAAGUGCUUACUUGAAAACAAAACCCUCUCAUAUCCCUGGCAGCCUCAGACAGCAGCAGAAGCCAAGGGUGGACGCUGGUCUGGCCCACAGAUGGUGGGUUCUCCUGCCUGGUGACCCUGGGUGACUUGAAGGAUUGGGAAGGCACAGAUCAUCCCAGUGUCCCUUCCAUGUUCUCUAAGCUGGGCUCCUUCUUGAAGGGUCGUUCCGUACUGCACAGCCAUAUCCCAAAGGGUGUCCUGCUCAGGUGACACUGGUGGGACAGGCACACAAGCAGGCUCUCCUCUGUCGAUUCCUGCUGUCGAUGCCCAGUUCAGGGCACGUUAGCCAUUGCUUCUUUCCUGGCAAGCAGACUACACCUCAAAUCAGCAUUACCUCAACAUCAGGAUAUCACCACUCCUUUCUUUUCAGUCAUGAAGAGAAACCACUACCUUUGAGUGUCAGGUGCACCUUUGUCUGGUAAUACGAUGCUCAAGUCAAACCCAGACAAAGACACCCAGGAGGGCCACAGGAGAGGCCACGGGGUGACCAGGCUUUAGGAGCACUGCUGGCUGGUGGGACACAGCUGGUCCAGUACAGAGAACCCACCUGUGCCUGCCUCAACUGCUGGCCAGGAAACUUAGAACCAAUUCUUCCAACCAAGCCUACAUGAAAAUCAACUUAUAGGGCUGGGAAUUUAGCUCAGUGGUUUCACCAAGGACCCAAGUUCGAUCCCCGGUACCAAAAAAAAAAAAUCAACUUAUAAAUGGACCACCACUCCAGGGUGCUGCUCCUGUGCUGUGGCUUCCUGAUAAAUGAUUGCUAGAGAACUAUUGUUUAUUGCUGAGGGAGCAAAAUUACACUUGGCUCUUUCCUGUCACAUACAUGGCUUCUGGAGGGUGUUGCUUCAAAUUUUAUUCCACCUCUACAUCUGUCACUUUAAAAUUAAAAUGAAGCUGCUAUGAGAGACAA